AGUUUCAAUGAAAAAAUAAAAGGAAGAAGAAGAAGAAGAAAAAUUUCAUCACACAAAAUAAAAAUUCCUAUUCCAUUAAAAAAAUAUCCUCCUGUGAGUCAUUUCUGCUGCUUCAGAAGUGCUAAAGUACAGUAAAAUCUCUUCUCCUCCGAGUGGUAGUCGUGGUAGUCUCGAGAAGACUGAGAAUUGGCAGAAAAAAGUACUUUGUCUGGUCACAUUUUUCACGGUAGUCUCGGGACGUAAACAGAAUUUUGGGAGUUUUGGCAACAUAUGGUGGAAUUUUUGGUGAAAAUUCUACUUUAAUUGCUGAAAAAUCCUCGUAUUGUUGUUAACGUUGCAUAUACGGAAGUAAGGAUGCCUGCUAGUGGUCCAGUGUAUCAGCCCACGACAGUGUCUUAUGAGCCAAGGCCUCAGACGACUUCCGUGUCGCCGCUGCGUGUACUCAAGAAGCCCCUCCCGCAGGCACUCCUGCUCUUUGUGGCACUCUCAUUUGUAGCUGCUGGGGUGACAAUGAUUGCAAAUGGAGCUGCAGACUUUGAGGACACAGAGGAGCACAAGGAAGAGCUUGGGGUAGAUGCAGCAGAAACCACAGAAGGUGUAGACAUUGGGGUGGUUGUUGGGGGUGUCUUUAUGACCCUCUUUGGGUUCUUCCUUCUUGGGGUGUACAUCAAAGUGGCCGAUUGGCGCCGCAGUUGCAUCUGCCCGUGCCAUUUGUCGAAGAAGCAAGGCCUUGCCCGGCAAUUUCAGGGCUCUGGUGGGGGUCAAAUUAUGGCCCUCAACCCAUCCACCGAUCCCCUUGUCUCACACACCCAAUACGCUCCUGUGUCGGAGCUUCCAGCACGUCUCGACGACGAGGAGCGUCGCAAUCUCAUGCCUGACACAAAGGAGUGCGUCAGCAGUGCUGAGGAAUCUGAUCGCAUGCUCGAUCCAGAUCCACGCAUUGUCCUCCGCCCAACUGGGCAUGUUGAAGAAGCAUAACUAAUAGUGAAAGUGAAGGCCCUCUUUGGAAGGCUCACGCGCAAGAGGCGCCGGGAGAAGUUUUAGGUCGGAAACGGCGAAGCUAACUGUUGGUUGGUAAGACAUACUGUGAGAUUGAUCAUGACACGCAAAGACACCACACUUUUUUUUAAUUUAUUUAUCCUCCGUACUUAUUGUUUUUCCUUUUUUUUUAACUAACAAGAAGAAGGGUGAAACGUAGAGGCGUAGUGCAAAAAAAAAAACAAAACUCUUACAUGGUCAAGAUGCCUCGAUUGUUUUUGUUUACAUUUUGUAUGGAAUGUUGUUGUUUUCAAAACUCAAAAAUGUUAGUUUUCCUUUUUCUGCUACACAUUUAGCUGAUUUUUUUGUUAAUAAAAAUUCCAAGGGCAAUGCUUUUUUAAAAAUAUUUAUUUUUAAUUAUUUGAUUUUCUUAUAUUUUGAUGUCCUGAAGAUAAUCUCACAACGACAUCGAAACGUCAAAAAUUCAAUGACAGAAAUCGAUAAAAGAUUCUAAUAAAUUGAUUAAAUUUUGAAAUUAUUCCAUUUCCUCUAAUUUGGAUAAAAGGGGUCGAUUCUGUUAAAAAUCUUUUCUUAGAACUUAAAAGUUUGAUGUUAGAUUUUGACAUUUGUCAUUCCAUUAAGGAAAAACAAUGGGUUUGUUGUUACAGAAAACCAUCAGAAAUAUUUUUAAAGAACACCGGAAAAAUAAUUUUCCUUUUAAAAAAUAAUAAAAAAAUCCGAUCUGUUAAAAUCUUUGAAGAUUUUUCAUAGAACAAGCAAAAAUUUUACAACUGAUGAAUUUUAGGAAAAGAAAAGAUUUUUAAGAGAUUCUACCCCUAAAUCGGUUUUCAUUGAAAAUAAAUUUCGUAAGAAGGCCUAAGGCCAUUAGUACUGGGACCACAAGCAAAGAAUAAUUCAAACCUCAGUACCUAUCCUAACCUUCUUUGUCUAAUAAUUUCUGUCUUGUUCCUUAAUAUUAUUCAGAAACUUGAAAGAUUCUAAAUGAUAUUUUAACGAUUUAAACACAGUCUUAAAUUUAAAAUAAAUUUGCUCAAAUACAAAUGCUAUAAAAUUAAUGUUAGUGACGCCAACAUUAGACAAUCCGCCAUUUUGGACGCCAUAUUCUUGAAUUUUAUUAGAGCUCAUAUUCGACUCAAAUCUUUCAGAAUCAGAAUCUUUUAGAAUUUGUCGAAAAAGACAUCGAUUCUGUCAUAAAACUUUUUAAAAUGUAGUUUGGAAUUUUUCCUUCUUUAGAAGAAAAGAUUUAAAAACACAAAAUAUCAAAA